CUUUUUUUUUUUUUUUUUUUUUUUACAUUAUCAUAUGAUUAUGUUACAUUUGUUGUUGAAGGUAACGCCUCUUAGUCGAUAUUACCCAACGAAUUCAAGCGAACACUUUAAAGUAACGGCGCUUCUAGAGGAAGCCCGGAAGACUUUGAAGGACGUGCUUGUUGGCGGUAACGACAUUAAGGCUGCAUUAUACAUUAGUGCAAUAGCAUCAAUGAUCAGAGAGUUUCCGAAUGUAAGUGCAUUGUUUCAAAUAAUAUGAAGGAAAGUUUGCUAUUGCUAGUUACAUGGAGUUAAGUAGAUGUAGUCUUUGUGAAGGCAUUUUAUUUUGUAUUGCUUAUAGGGAGUUAUGAGAUUGAUCACUGUUCGUUAAAUUCACCUUUCUGACAUCUACAACAUUUAAAUCGUAAUACCCACAAUGUCGUGUAAUACCCACAAUGCCGUCACGGAUUUUCUGUUGAUUCAGACACUUAAACACCAUGUACUAUUUUUUAACGUUAGUUCAUUAUCUGUACUUGAAAGCAAAACUAAAAAAAAUUACAUUCUCAUUACGGACAAAAGAGGUAAAUUUGCUCCACGUGUAGUCAUUAAAUUGAUAUGUCAACAAUACUAAAUCGCCCCCCAAAAAUUAUGUUUCCCAAGUAAAUGACAUAUUAACGAUGUUGGUUGUCUUGGAAUGUGAUCUCAAACUUUUCCCCUCUGAGGAAAGGUUUCUUUUUCUUAUAUGUCUAAUUUCUGGAAAACACUUUAGAGUCGUAGUUUCACCACUGAAGACGAGGUCCUCCAAGGAGUAGUAACAAGCGUUACAGAGGUGUACACGGCGGAGGAAUACAUCAGACCUGUUAUUGAGAUGGAGUAUGAAAAGAUAGUGAGAGAUUUCAUAGAUAGCCUCAAUACGGAAAUACAACUGAAUUGUUCUGCAUUCAAAAAUCGAUUUUCCAUGUCUCAUAUCCACACUUUAUUCGGGACAUUAGAAUCGCUGACCAGACACAAGAAGUACUUAACAUUUGAUAUGGUGCCCACUGUUAUUACUAUGACGAGUUCUCUAUUAGAUUGCACGUGGGGUCAGCUGACUACAACUGAUACACAUACAUCUGCUGUAUUGGAAACUAUCGAUGGAAUUGCAAAACGUAAAAAUGACACAAUAUUACUUACUUUAAAAUAA